AUGGAACAAAGAGGAUGCGGGGCAUGGCGGGAGCGACGGCAGUGGGUUGUGUUCAUGGUUGCUUUGGUUCUCUUUUGGAGCGGGACUUCAGCUCAGAUAAGAUACUCCACCUCUGAAGAGCUCAAGGAAGGAACUGUCGUGGGGAAUGUAGCUAAGGAUUUGGGAAUAGAUCUGAGCACAUUGAAGGAUAGGGGAUUUCGAAUCGUAUCUGGCUCGACUGAUCCCCUUUUCCAGGUAAACCAGAAUGACGGCAUAUUGUACGUGAACCAAAAAAUAGACCGAGAAGAGGUGUGUGAACGGAGCAGCGUGUGUUUGAUCAACCUGAAAACCGUUCUAGAGAACCCGCUGGAGAUCCAUUAUGUCGCGGUGGAGGUGUUAGAUGUGAACGACCAUUCUCCCAGCUUUCCCGAGACAGAGAAACGGUUAGAGAUUUCAGAGUCUGCGGUACCUGGGGCUCGAUUUCAGCUUAAUGCUGCUCAUGAUCGAGAUGGAGGCAGUUAUUCUAUGCAGCAGUAUAAACUCAGCCACAAUGAUCAUUUUCGUUUGGAAGUUAAAGAUCGAGGUGAGGACCGCAAAACCCCUACUUUGAUUUUACAGAAGGCGUUAGAUAGAGAGGCCAUACGGAGCCAUAGAUUACUGCUCACGGCUAUUGAUGGAGGUAAACCUCCUAGAUCUGGAGACAUGAGAAUAACUGUAGAUGUAUUAGACGUAAACGAUAACACCCCUGUCUUUACUAAGGAGGUAUACUCUGUAACGCUGAAUGAAAAUGCCCCUUUAGGCACAACAGUCAUACAGAUGAACGCGACUGAUUUGGACGAAGGUUCAAAUGGUGAAAUAAUGUAUUCUUUCGCCAACGACGUGGGCGGUAGAGUACGGAAACGUUUUGAUUUAGACUGCAUUACCGGGGAAAUAAUUGUAAAGGGUGUUAUUAAUUUCGAGGAAAAUAACAGUUUUGAGAUUGAUAUUCAGGCAUCAGACAAGGGGACAGCUCCUUUGACAACUGACAAAACUAUUAUUAUCCAUGUAAUUGACGUUAAUGACAAUGCACCGGAGAUUGAAGUGACAUCUUUCUCUAACGCAAUCCCUGAGGAUUCCAAACCCGGAACUACUGUGGCACUGAUCAGUGUUAAUGAUUUGGACUCUGGUCUCAAUGGCAAAGUUCUUUGCUCGCUACUUGAAGAUGUACCUUUCAAACUAAUUCCCUCUUUACAAGAUAACAUGUAUUCUGUAGUCACCAAGUCACCACUAGAUAGGGAGAAACAGUCUGAAUAUGAUCUAACAAUAGUAGCCAAAGACGCAGGGGAACCGUCCUUGUCAUCUGUAAAGACUAUCAGCGUUGUUGUAUCAGAUGUGAAUGAUAACAGUCCAGAGUUUUCACUGAGUCCUUAUGCUUUCUAUGUCACUGAGAAUAACAUCCCCGGCGCCUCAGUAUUUUCCGUGAGUGCGUCAGAUCCUGACAUGAAUGAAAACGCACAUAUUUCAUAUCAUAUUUCGAGAGAUGGUGGCGAGGAAAACAUACGGGCGUCUUUUCUCAACAUAAACUCGGAAAAUGGGAACAUUUUGGCUCUAAAAAGCUUUGACUUUGAAACUUUAAAAAUAUUCAAUUUCCAAGUUGUAGCUACAGACUCUGGAAGUCCGUCACAAAGCAGCAACGUCACAGUGAACGUGUUCAUUCUGGAUCAGAACGACAACGCUCCAGUGAUAUUGUAUCCAGUCAGCGCUAACGGUUCUGCUGAAGGUGUGGAGGAGAUUCCCCGCAAUGUGAACGCAGGCCAUUUGGUGACUAAAGUGAGAGCCUAUGACGCUGAUAUAGGAUAUAACGGCUGGUUAUUAUUUUCACUGCAGGAAGUUACUGACCACAGUCUCUUUGCUUUGGACCGCUAUACGGGACAGAUAAGGACACUACGGUCAUUCACAGAGACAGACGAGGCUGAGCAUAAACUGGUCAUACUGGUAAAAGACAAUGGGAACGUUUCACUGUCAGCAACAGCUACUGUGAUUAUCAACGUUGUGGAGCCCAAAGAGGCUUUUGCAGCUUCUGAUGUUAAAAGUUCAGUAAAAGACGAGGAGGAGAACAGCGUUACAUUUUAUUUGAUCAUUACUUUGGGGUCAGUUUCAACGCUUUUUCUCAUCAGUAUCGUCGUGUUGAUUGUAUUGCAGUGCUCCCAACCCACAGACUAUUCCUCCAAGUAUUUACAAGAUGUGAAUAACGACGGGACACUGUGCCACAGCAUCCAGUACAGAUCCGGAGACAAACGGUACAUGUUAGUUGGACCCAGAAUGAGUAUAGGUUCGACUAUAGUCCCGGGCAGCAAUGGAAAUACUCUAGUGAUACCCGAACAUAGGAGGAGAGCUUCUGGAGAGGUAAGAAGUUAA